AUGGCCCGUGACAGAUCCAACCAUCCGCAAUGGCUGCCCAAGAAUCUUGCAUUUGGCAUCACCGCAUCGACUUCGUUUGAACAACCUUUCCUGCUCGCAAAACGAUUCUCUACAUUAGACCACUUGACCAACGGCCGUGUGGGCUGGAACAUUGUGACUUCGUACAAGAAGGCAGCCUUCAAAGACAUCGGCCUAGACACUCCCGUCGAGCAUGACCAGCGAUACCGUCAAGCCGAUGAGUAUCUACGCGUGCUCUACAAGUCGGUGUCCGAAUUGCCGGUGUAUAAACUCUACUGA